GAUCAGAUCACAAUGAGUUUUGAAGAGCGAAUUCAAAAAAAGCACCCCUGGGUAGAGAAAUGUUUUACUAAAACGGUCAAUUUUCGAGUACAGUGUCUAGAACCAUCAUGCAAAGAGAUUUUAAAAUACGUGAACUUUACAAAAUAUUCUGAAUUUAAGAAGCACAUAUUUGAGGCGCAUUUAGAUUGUUAUCAUCAUGAAGAGAAUGAGAAGGAUAACAUGGAGUGGAAAUAUUUUAGACUAACAACAAAAAAAGACAAAGCAUGUAUUAUAUGUGAUAUUUGCCCAAAGAAUUUUUCACAAAAUGAAAAUUUAUCGGAACACGUAAAAAAGCAUUCAAAACUAGAACGAGAUUUAGGACGUCAAAAUGAAACUUGGGGUUGGAAAUAUUUGAGAAAAAGUAGAGAUUUUUCUGCUACAUGUAAGCUUUGUAAAAAUGAUACAAAAAGAGAAUUUAUUGUAGACAUUAGUAAAAUGAAACAGCACAUCUUAAAAGAACAUGAAGAAAAGAGCCACUUAAUAGAGGAACGAUAUAAACAAACUUGGGAAUUUCAAAUUGAAAACAACUAUUGGUUGAAUAAAUGUUAUAGAAAGCCUGUGCAUUUUCUAACAGAAUGUAAAUUUUGCAACGAAGAACUUGCGUAUGUCCAGACUAGAUCCAUUCAGAAUCAUAUGAAGAAUAAACAUGAAGUAAUUCACGACGCUGAAGACACUAAAAUGAAGGCACGUAGCGUAACCUGGCAAUAUUUAAGGUUUACGAAACCAGAUUCAACAGAUGAAGUACAAUGUAUGAGAUGUGAUAAAACGAUGCCACGUGACGAAGCAGAAAAUCAUGUAGAAAAAUAUUUUACAGGCGGUCUAGAACCAGGUAAAUAUAAAAAUUGGACUUUCAAAUACGCAAGACAAAACACAGAUAAUGUGACAUGUACGAUUUGUGGAGAAAAUGUAACCCUGACGGCGAAAAUUUAUGAAUUAAAACUUCAUGUAAGUAAUGUACAUGAAAAAAUAUGGGAUGCAAUAAAACAAGAAGACUUAUUGUGGAGUCGUGAAAUUACAUGGAACACACAUUACAUUGUAUACACAUGGUGGAAAAAAUGUUAUAUAAAUGCUGAAAAUUUUCGAGCACAAUGUAAAUUUUGCGAACACAAAAUACCAUAUAUCACACAUACACAAUUUUUGGAACACAUGAAGAACAAGCAUAGUGCUCUUCACUCGCUUGAAGAAGAAAAAAAUACACCUGAUAUCUUCGACGAAUUUCAGUGGAAUUAUAUAAGGUACAUAAAUGAUUUAAAAUUAGAUAAAACAAAUCUAGAAUGCAUCAUAUGUCAAAAAAAACUACCUCACAUACAUGAUUUUUCACAUGAACUGAAAUUUGUUUCUCAUUGGGCACUUAAAUACGUGAAACAGAAUGUAAAAGUUGCAAGUUGUAUUUUAUGUAAAAAUAAAGUAAACUUUGAAUGGACCCCGGAAAAUUUAGAAAACCACAUAACAUCUACACAUCCAGAGGAACGGGAAAAAAUACGUCAAAUACAUUUGACACAAAUGACAGUACACGACCAAGCUAAACCGUCGACAAGCUACGCAAGUUGAAAGAAAAACGAUCAUUUAUCUACAUUGGACAAUGGAAAUGAUGGUAGCGACGUUUUUAAGUAGCAUCUCAUGACCAGCAAUAACGACAGUCUUGACUUGGACCUGAGUGAUUUGAACUACAUGAAGACAUUAACGUAUAAUUUGAUUUAUUUGUCGCAUAUCGGUUUUGUGUU